UAAGGAGCCGCGCAGGCGCGCUGAGGCUCCGCAAAAUGGCCGCCUCCCUCUCUGGGAUGUUCUCGCACCCGCCGCAAAACCCGAAUCCGCCGCCCCCUCCCGGGGCCGGGCCCGCACCCGGGGCCUCUGCGCCCACCGCCGUGCCGGCGCGGCCUCCCUCUACCCUGGUGGACGAACUCGAGGCUUCCUUUGAGGCAUGCUUUGCAUCACUGGUCAGUCAAGACUAUGUGAAUGGCACAGAUCAAGAAGAAAUUAGAACAGGUGUAGAGCAAUGCAUCCAAAAGUUUUUGGAUGUCGCCAGGCAAACAGAAUGCUUUUUUCUUCAGAAGAGGCUGCAGCUUGCUGUACAAAAACCUGAACAAGUCAUAAAAGAGGAUGUUUCAGAAUUGAAAAAUGAACUACAGAGAAAAGAAGCCUUGAUCCAAAAACACCUGAGCAAGCUGAGACACUGGCAACAAGUCCUGGAAGAUAUUAAUGUGCAGCCCAAAAAAACAGCAGAUCUCGCUCAAGGACCUUUAGCCUAUCUUGAACAAGCAUCUGCAAAUAUCCCGGCUCCACUAAAGCAAACAUGAAAUUUGUAAAUAUCAGCAAGGCAUCUGGAAGUUUCAUAUAAACUGUUUUCCUAAGUCCCUCUUUUCCCCUGCAGCCAAUUUCUCUCAAUAUCAGUUCCAAGUAAUCCUUUGAAUGAAGGUGGCUACAGUGUAUAAAUAUGCAGUGCCUAAAUCACAUUGAAAUUUUCUUCAUUUUGACUUCAAGGUAUAAAUGUUUGUUGUAUGCAAUAAUUGUAUGGAAAAAAAGUUGUAAUUAUAUUGUGAACACACUUGUUACAAUAAAAAUGUAUAAUAAUA